AUGGUCAAGCUCACUGAGGUCGAAGACGAGCACUUCUCCGAGAAGCCCGCUACCACCAAGCACGAUGCUCUCCUGGUCUCCGAUGACGAGGAUGACUACUCAGACACCGACUCCGAGAUCUCCGAUGAUGAGGACCUUGAGCUCGAGAGCGAGUCUCUCUACGAGCGUGUCGCCGCUCUGAAAGACAUGAUCCCUCCUUCCGCCCGCCGCAAUGUCUCCAACACCGUCUCUUCCAUCACAAACUUCACCAAGGCCACCUUGUCCUUCGGCGGCAAGACCCUCUGGAUUAUCAGCACCAGUGCCUUCCUGCUCGGUGUGCCAUUCGCGUUGGCCUACGCCGAGGAGGAGCAGUACAUUCAGAUGGAGCGUGAGCAGGGAAUGAUCAAGGGAGCUAACGAGAUGCUUACCCCCGGCUCCGAGCCCGAGAAGGUCGCUCAACCCACUCUGUAA